UUCCAGUCACUAAACCUGAGGGCAAUCCUCACCCAGGGCUCCUUGCCAGCACAGGGACACCCAGCUCGGCCUUGCAGGGAGAAGAAGAGCAGGGACCUUCCCCGAGCACUUUUCCCCUUGGAACAGCUUUGCCAAAUUUUGGAACAGCGACUGGAGCUGGAGCUCUUUGGCCCCAAGAGUUAACACAGCACUGAGCAGCACCACACCUUGCUUUGUCCUGCAGAGGCCGAGAAAAGGGGGGGGGGGAAAUCCCCCCUGUGCCCUCCUAACCUGGACAAAACAGGUUUUUAAUGAAAGCAGCCCUUAAUCACCAUUCAGCGAAUUCAGAGCGGUGGAUAUUCGAUGCAAACAGAGUUGGUUGAAACUCUCCCGCACCGGCUCCCUCUUUGUCCCUCCGUGAGCCUGGGAAUGGGUGUGAUCUCCGGGUAGGAGUGUCUCUGCGGUUAAGCAGAGGAUUGAAUUACCGAACAGUGCUGUUCCCCAGCUGACAAGGUAGCAGAACAGUGAACAAAAGUGCCCUGAAACUCGGCGGAGAGGGGAAGAAGGCGCUGGGCUUGGUGGAGAAGGGACACCUGCGAGGACAGCGCGCACUCUGCAGCAAGCUCAGCCUGCAGGAUGACAGAGGGUGACACAAAUCUCCCCACCAUCGAGAGGAAGCUGGGACUGCAGAUAUGGGGCAUAGAGAACAUGAAGAUGGUUCCCGUACCUGAAAAAGCUUAUGGGACUUUUUUUGAAGGAGACUGUUACAUCAUUUUGCACAGCAAAAGGACCUCCCGUGGCUCGGCCGUGGACCUGCACUACUGGAUUGGCAAGGACUCCUCCCAGGACGAGCAAGGCGCCGCGGCCGUGUACGUCACCCAGCUGGACGCGGCGCUCGGGGGCAGCCCCGUGCAGCACCGUGAGGUGCAGGGACACGAGUCCGAGACCUUCCAGAGCUACUUCCGCCACGGCAUCAUCUACAAGAAGGGAGGAGUGGCUUCAGGAUUUAAGCACGUGGAGACCAACAUGUACAACAUCAAGCGUCUUCUUCACGUCAAGGGCAAGAAGCACGUGUCAGCCACAGAGGUAGCGCUCUCCUGGGACAGUUUCAAUAAGGGAGAUGUUUUCUUGCUGGACCUUGGUAAAGUGCUGAUCCAGUGGAAUGGACCCAGCUGCAGCAUUGCUGAGAAAUCCAGGGGUCUUGCUUUGGCUCGGAGCAUCAGGGACAGCGAGAGGGGCGGCCGUGCUCAGAUUGGCAUCAUUGACAACGAGAGGGACUCCCCAGACCUGAUGCAGAUCAUGAGGAUGGUGCUGGGCGAGAGGCGCGGGGAGCUCCGCGACGCCAUCCCCGACACCAAAGCCGACGAGCUGCAGAAAGCCAACGUCCGGCUCUACCAUGUUUAUGAGAAGGACAAUGACCUGGUGGUGCAGGAGAUCGCCACCCGGCCCCUGACGCAGGAUCUGCUCCAGCACGAGGACUGCUACAUUUUAGACCAAGGUGGCUUCAAAAUUUAUGUCUGGAGAGGAAAAGCCUCCAGCCCAGAAGAGAAAAAAGCAGCAUUCACUCGAGCUGUGGGCUUUAUCCAAGCCAAAGGCUAUCCUUCAUCCACCAACGUUGAGGUGAUCAAUGAUGGAGCAGAGUCAGCCAUGUUCAAACAGCUGUUCCAGAGGUGGACAGAAAAGAACGAAACACAAGGGCUGGGCAAGGUCUACACUACAGGAAAAAUUGCCAAGGUGGAGCAGGUGAAGUUUGACACCACCCAGCUCCACGCCAGGCCUGAGCUCGCGGCUGAGCAGAGGAUGGUCGAUGAUGCCUCCGGGGAGGUCGAGGUGUGGAGGAUUGAGGACUUGGAAAUGCAGCCGGUGAAUCCCAAGAUGUACGGGCAGUUCUAUGGGGGUGAUUGCUACCUGGUCCUGUACACCUACCUGAGGUCAGGCAGACCCCACUACGUCCUCUACAUGUGGCAGGGCCGCCACGCCUCCGUGGAUGAAAUCACUGCCUGUGCCCUCAAUGCCAUCGAGCUGGACAGGAAAUAUGGGGACGAGGCUGUGCAGGUGCGGGUGACAAUGGGCAAGGAGCCCAGGCACUUCCUGGCCAUCUUCAAGGGCAAGCUGGUCAUCUACGAGGGCGGCACGAGCCGGGCUCAGAAGAGCAGCCCCGAGCCGGCGAUCCGCCUCUUCCAGGUGAGGGGCACGGAUGAGGUGAACACAAAGGCCACAGAGGUGCCAGCCCGAGCCUCCUCCCUCAACUCCAACGAUGUCUUCCUGCUGACCACCAGCCAGGUCUGCUACCUGUGGUGUGGGAAGGGAUGCAGUGGAGAUGAGCGGGAGAUGGCAAAAAUGGUGGCUGACAUCAUUUCCAGACGGGACAAGCACACCAUUCUGGAAGGACAGGAGCCUGCAGAGUUCUGGGAAGCUCUGGGAGGCAAAGCACCUUAUGCCAGUGAAAAGAGGUUCCAGGAGCAGGUCACACACUACCAGCCUCGCCUCUUUGAGUGCUCCAACCAGACAGGUCGGUUCAUCAUGACGGAGGUGGUCGGGUUCUGCCAGGAGGACCUGGAUGAAGAUGAUGUCAUGCUGCUGGACACGUGGGAAGAGAUUUUCCUUUGGGUUGGCAAAGCCUCCAACGCACAGGAGAGGAACGAGGCCAUUGCCUCGGCUAAGGAGUAUCUCAAGACCCAUCCAGCUGGGAGGGACUUGGCAACUCCCAUCAUCCUGGUGAAGCAGGGCUAUGAACCCCUCAACUUCACGGGAUGGUUCAACGCUUGGGACCCCUACAAAUGGAGUGAUGGCAAGUCCUACGAGGAAAUGAAGAACAGCCUGGGAGACGUGUCAGCCAUAUCCGAGAUCAAAGUGAAUGAGACUGCUGACCUGAACAACCUCAGCCUGAACAAGAGAACCCUCAGCACGACCAGCCUGGCUGGUUCAGCUACAGCAAAUGCCUCCUCAGAGUACAAAUCUCACUCCAGCCACAGUGACAGCAACAGCUACAGCAACAGCAACAACUACAACAACAACAGCAACAACUACAACAGCAGCAGCCACAGCAGCCCUGCCAUGGUGCCCAACGGGGAAGGGAUUUACUCCCGAGAGGUGCUGAUGCACAGGACGGUGGAUGAACUUCCCGAAGGCGUGGAUCCCACUAAAAAAGAGUGCUAUCUCUCCGAUGCUGAUUUCCACGAUAUCUUUGGGAAGUCCAAGGACGAGUUCUACCAGAUGCCCAAAUGGAAGCAGCAGAACGAGAAGAAACAAUUUGGACUCUUCUGAGACUGCAGGGGGCAUGUGAUGACUCUGGGACCAGCCCCUGCUCCCUUAGGAGCUGCAGGAAAGAAGUGCAGGCAUUUCCUCAGUGAUCCCAACCCAGCACCCCAAUCCAAUGCAGUUAUUCCAGCAGCCACUGUUCAGGGGAUGGCUCCUUUCUCCCUGCAAACCCAGAACCCCAAGAGGAAAAACCUUUUUCAGGAACAGCUUGACAGGAUGUUUUUGCCUCUUCCUGACACUUUAUUGCUGAUAGCCAUGAAGGCAAGUGUGUGCCACGCAACUGCAUUGUAGCCUCAUCUUUCCUCUCCCUUUUGCAAAUUGCCACAUGCACGAGGCCAUGAUCUUCCUUCGUUUGUAGAAGUUUAAAGUUAGUCAAGACAAAGGCCAUUUGCAGCUGCUGUGUGAAUUUUGGGUGGGGAGAGGAGGGGGAAGCCCUCAGAGGAUGGAGGGGGGAGCCUUGAGGUCAGGAAAAAGCCAGAUGCCUGAUGAGUACUCUGUGGAGUGACACCAGACAGUUCUGCCCCUUCUCACCUUGUAGAACAACUACCCACCAGAAAACAGCAAGAAUCUGCUCCAGAUUAACAUGCAUAGCCCAGGGCAGGUGAAAUACUUGAGAACCUGGUUUGGGGGGAAAAAAGCACUUAUUAUGAGCAUAUUUAUUAGCUGAUGUUUCCAGAGGAUGAUGACACUGAAGGCUAGACACAAAUAUUGAUUUUUGACUGCUGGACAAGACUCUGUCUAUUUUUUUUCUCAUUCAGACAGCAUCUGCAAUCUCACCUGGCCUCCCUGACAAUGGCCAGGUGAAUGUCAGAGUCCACCUGCCCACAGACCAGAGGCUUGAGGAAGCCAGGAAGGUUUUGGGUAUGACCUGAGGCAGAGGGUGUCCUACUGAAGCUUUUAUCAGGGCUCCAUCCCUGUGAUGUCCAUGGGGCUGAUAGUUCUGGUUCCACACUUUGGGAUCAGUCUGACUGGGGAGGGCAGUGAGAAAUGUGAGCAAUCAGUGAUUACAGGAUAGAACUGUAAACUAAAGGAAGAAACACCACCUUAAAAACUCAGACAAUGUGGGUUUGCAGCUUUACUCCAUUUCCAACCUGAUCAGUGAUCCCGAAUAAACAUCCAGCAGCAGCAGCAGCA